GGCCAUCCCUGCCGUGUCCUCGUAAGGGGGAGCGGCAGAGUGCCCCCGAACCCCCGGGAGCCUGCAGGCAGACAACGACCCCGCUCCGAGCCGGCGGCUCUCGCUGCGGGAGGCUGUCUCGUCCAGGACUACGUUUCCCAGCGGCUCCUCCCGGGGCUGCACAUGCUCGCUCGAUGCUGCUCCCGGCGCCUCUCGGCAGCUCCCGGCGCGGCGCCCGGUGCGGCUGCCGAUGCGGCCGGCGGCGCGGCGCUGCUCGGCGCGGAUCCCGGGGCAGCCACCGGGCCGGCUCCCGGCGGUUCCCCGUGCAGCUCCCGGCGCUGUUCCCGGAGCGCCUCCCGGUGCCGCCCCCGGCGGGGCAUCCUCCCGGUGCGCCUCGGGAGCGCACGGCCGAGCCCCGCCGCCGGCACGGGCCCGAGCGAUCCCGGGCACCCCGUCCUCGGGCCGGCAGCAUGCCCCGCGGGCAAGCCUGGACGCAGGCGGAGGUCAGGAGCCUCCUGUCGCUGGUGGAGGGCACGGGGGAGGCCGCGCUGCUCAUGGCCUCCACGUCGCGUCCCAACGAGGAGCUCUGGCGGGAGAUCUCCUGGGGUCUAUCGGAGGCCGGCUACGAGCGCACCGUGGCCCAGUGCCGCUCCAAGUGGAAGGCGCUCAAGCAGGCUUUCCACUCGGAGCGCGAGACGCGCCGUAGGGCAGGAUUCCACUCGCCCCAGCUGCCGCCGCACUACCGAGCCAUGAAGGUUAUCUGGAAGGCGGCCGGGCGGCCCGUGUUUGGCGAUCGGAGGCUGCCAGGCGUGGUGAACCUGUCCUCCAGAAGGCGCAGGUCAGCCCCUGCCACACGCCCUCCAUCCUCACCAGGGACACCAGAGCACAACGUUGGCGGGGACACCUCCAGCACACUGCUGUCACCCAUGCUGCAGCGUGUGAAGGACGAGCCAGAGAGUUCAGCUGGUGGGGAGCACGUUGCUGGACUGCCACUCACACCCCCUGCCAUGCCACAUGCCGGUUGCUGCUUCUCUGCCCUCUCCCUCCUGGGUUUUCCUGGUGAGACGUCCCUGGGGAUAGGAAGAAGAAACCAAGUGCUGCCAUUGGCUGCUGCAGCCACAGGCUCCCAUGAGACAUCAGCCAUGAGUGAACUGCCAGCAGCAGGUGAAGAUGCAUCAGACACAAGCCUGCAUGGGUCUGGCAUGGCAGGCUUGCUCCAGAAUGUGCAGCAACUGCUGGUGGAGAUCCUGCAGACAUCACGACAGCAGCAGGCACUACUGGAGAGUCUGGCCAGCGACACAGUCUCCCACCUUCACCAUAUCUCCCACAGCCUUGUGCAAGUGGGCGAGACCCUGUACCAACUCCUGCUCCGACCACAUCCUGGCCCCAUUGGCCACUAUGUCCCCCACAUGCCCCCUUUUGAGGGUGGCUCUUGCUCCUCUGGUGCUCCCCACACUUCCCUGGACCACAAAGAGGAGCCUCAGCUAUCCCGUGAUGCCAGGUGCAUCCCACCCUGAGUGCCACCAUCACUGACCCCAGGAGCAACAGCUUUGGUACAGAGUUUAGCACAAAUCUUUAUGUCAGAGGUUCCACAUAUUUUGAAAGUUUAUACUAGAGACACAUUUUGGUGAAAUUAAAAAUAGCUUUUCUACUA